AUGACUGAGCCCUUUUUGGGAACCUGGAAGCUGGUCUCCAGUGAAAACUUUGAUGAGUACAUGAAACAACUAGGAGUGAGUGCUGCAGUCCAGAACUUUGCUGGGUUGGCAAAACCAAGAAUCACUAUUAGCACCGACAGGGAUAAGGUUAACAUCAAAACAGAAAGUUCUUUCAAAAAUACUGAGAUCUCCUUCAAGCUGGGAGAAGAAUUUGAUGAAACCACAUCAGAUAACCAGAAAGUAAAGAGCAUCAUAACAUUAGAUGGUGGCUCAAUGAUUCAUUUCCAAAAAUGGCUUGGCAAAGAGACAACAAUCAAAGGACAAAUUGUAGAUGGAAACAUGGUAGUGGAAUAUAUCAUGAAUAAUAUUGUCAGCAUUGGAAUCUACAAAAAGGUAUGA